GAACAUUUAAUCGUUGUUCGUAAAAAUGAACAAGCUGGGGUUUGCGCGUAAGGAGAAAGUUCAGCAAUUCAUGUCUGUUACUGGGUCAAGUGAGAAAUCGGCUAUUCAGACUAUGAAGACCAAUGAUUGGCGUCUUGAAGGAGCAUUAGAAGCAUACUACAACCAGGAACAUGUUAAGGCAGCUAUAGAGAAAAACCGAUGGGAGGUGCUUUUCAAUAAAUACAAAGACCCGAAUGUUGACAUGAUUAUGGCUGAUGGUAUUAGCAAUCUCUGCAAUGAUCUUCAGGUUGAUCCCCAGGAUAUAGUUAUGUUGGUACUUUCAUGGGAAUUGAGAGCUGCGACCAUUUGUGAAUUCUCAAAGCAGGAGUUUAUUGGUGGAGUACAGUCUCUUGAAAUAGAUUCAAUGGAGAAAUUCAAGAAAAAAAUCCCUCAUUUGCGAUCUCAGUUGAAAGAUGAAGAUACUUUCCGUGAAAUUUACAACUUUACUUUCGAUUGGGCAAAGGAGAAGGGUCAGAAAACUUUGGCGUUGGAAACAGCACUUGCAUUGUGGCAUUUGCUGUUUGCAGAAUUGGAGUGGCCAUUGAUUGAUCAAUGGUGUGAGUUUAUCCAGGAACGGCAUAACAAGGCUAUCUCACGUGAUGUUUGGUUACAGCUACUGGAAUUUGCAAAGACUGUGGACGCGACAUUAUCUAACUAUGCUGCUGAAGGAGCUUGGCCUUGUCUUCUUGAUGAAUUUGUUGAAUACUCGAUCGAAAAUGGCACUUGUGCUAAAAAGUCAGAUGAGUGAUGGGAGCUGUGCUGCAGUCACUUUCUGUAACAUGAAAUGUUAUAAUAUGAUGCAAAUUAAGGACCACAGAAUGUUGCAGUGUUGUUAACAAGCUUACCACUGGCUGCAUUCUCUUCUUUCCAAUUGGAUAGCUGUACUGGUUCGGGGAUUUCAUUGCAUUAGAAGUGAACCAAAGAAUAAAUCCAGUUAAAGAGGUUAAAUAGGGAGUCCGAGGUCGACCAAAUUACAGCCAGCAAUCUGCUGUCAAUAGAGGCCUAGACUUUAGCAAUGAAAAGAACCAUAGUUGCCAUGUUUGAUGCAUGAAUUGCUAUCCUAGAGUACAUUUU